UACUCGUUGUGCCUGCAUUCAAGUUUUUAUAACAUUUCCACGAUAAAGAAAAUGCAUACAUGCUGAUAGCGAAAUUAUUUUGAGAAUUAACUUUUUGAGAUAAAUCAAUUUAACAAUUUGAAAUACAUAAUUGAUUCGGUAAUGGUCAAUAUUAAUGGCAACGGGACUGGGUUUUGACUUAUGAAUUACAGAAAAAGAUAAACCAGUUUAAUUAUGGCUUUGGUAUUCAGUGUCCUAUUAAUAUCUUUAUUGUUACAAGUGAGUAUUUGCAUGAGGAACUUUCAUUUCCCACACCCGCACAUCUAUGGUCUGGGCAUGUACAACCACUACCCACAUUAUGAAGACUACGACAGUGAGAGCUUGGUGGUGCGUUCACACAGGAACAGGUACCAUCGGUUCAAAGACAACUCUGAUUACUCUGACUCAGAGCACCACUACAAAAUGGCAUGUAGGUGCAGCUGUGUCAAGUGCAGGAAACCUAAACCAAAGCCGUGCUGCAAGGACUUCUGCCUGCAGCAGUGUUCUAUGCAAAACAACAUAUUUGUGGUACCGUAUCCAGUACCUUUUGUAGUCAGUCCGCUGAAUCAGUCUGCAACCCGUGCUACGACUACCGAGCAAGCUACGACACACACAUCCACGACGCCCCUUACAAUUAGCACAACGACUUUAACAACUACCACCACGGCUGAGACAAAAUCCACAGCUGUCUUCUUCGUUAGAAAUCAGCCAAAACGCUUUCGAAUCGUAGCGGACAAAAGGAGGAGAAAUAUGGGAAACAACGACAUACGACCGCCCAAGUUCAGGGAUAGACUGCCUAAGUAUGGAAUCGUGCCCAUACCGGAGAAACUGGCGAUCAGAUUGAUGGAGCAAAUGAGGGAUGGUCAUAGGAAAAACCAAUAUAGGCGGCAGGUCAAUGUCGAUAGGAAUGUUUUGCAAAACUAUUAGCUAUAGGUACUAGUA